AACAUAUGUACCACAUUAGAAUCCUGGGCUUUGCCAAACGAAUUUAUAUAGAAGUUAUCACAUCAGAGCUCAUCCUUUCAAUCAGAUCUGCUCUGUGGUUAGGCUGCUGAGACCACCCUUGAGGACGGGGUCUGUAAAAAGCCUAAAAUUUCCUCAGCGGCCUCUUAUCCCUCCCCACAACUUGAGUCAGGGAGAACUUGACAAGCAUCAAAUCUUCUAGACCUCUGUGUAAAAAAGAAAAAGAAAAAAAUAGUGUGAGUUAAAGUGUUUAUGGGAAGCUUAUGACUCUCGAUCAGAUCAUCCGCGAGGACGACACAGAAUUGUUAUGUUCCUUGAGGAAUUGAGGUGAUGACGUCUUUUCUGAUACCCGAUUAUUACGUGACUGAAAAAAAAAACCACCUCAUUUGAUUCCUGAAUAAAAAUCCGAACGCCACAACAGUGCAACAAACAAUACUGCCGCCCUUAAAGGUAACAUGCAGACCGAUGUUUACAAAGAGGGCUCUUGAUAAAGCAAGGGGUUUGCAAAGAUUUUGUUGCUAAUUGCAUUAAAAAAUCGAGCUGCGGAAGGCUGGUCAACUUUGGAGGCACAGAGAAAGAAGAAGGAGAGAGCUGCAGCCGAAGCGAGAAGCAUCUCAGUGAAGGAAAAGAUCUGGGGAAGAGAACAUCUCACUGCCAGCAGCUCCAGAACAGCCUGCUUCUGCUUCCCGUCUUCUCUCUCCCUCCCUGGCUUUCUCUUUCCCGUUCUUGUGUUUCCUUCUCUCUUUCUCCCUUCUGUCUCCUUCCCUUCCUCCCUCUUUCUUGCUGUCCCUUCCCUGACAGGCUCCACUCCAGAUCUGUGCUGCCUGCUACCUACAAACUUUUUUGAGCGGAUCCCCUUAAACCAGCAGCCAAGUAACUGCCGCUCUUCUUGCCUUCGGCUGCUUUGCUCGUCAGAGAGGCGAUGCCACAAGAGGUUUAACUAUUUCGGCUGAAACUUGGGAGACAGUUUUUUGUUUUUGUUUUAAAUCUACCCUUUAAUUGCGCAGCCAAACGCUCUUAGUGCCGGGUGUUAAGAGUUUAAUGAGUGGCAAUGUGUAGCAAAGCGAUCCUAGCACUACUGGUCUAUGGGAUAAUAAUGCACUGCAGCGUCUACUGCUCACCUGCUGCUGGAUUUCAAUACCCUGCGCUAAGGCUGGAAGAUGAAGUUUAUGACGAGGAUGGCAACACGCUGCAGGAUUUCGCCUUUGACAACGACCCCCUCGGCAUAGCGAACCCUUCAUCCAUGAUAGACGACAUGUACACCCUGUACUACCCACCGGAAAAGAGGCACGCCGAUGGGAUAUUUAACAAAGCCUACAGGAGAGUUCUGGGUCAGCUAUCCGCUAGGAAAUACCUACAUUCUUUGAUGGCCAAACGGGUGGGCGGUGCCAGCGGCCUGGAGGACGACUCGGAACCGCUCUCCAAACGGCACUCGGAUGGCAUCUUCACAGACAGCUACAGCCGCUACCGGAAACAAAUGGCUGUCAAGAAAUACUUGGCAGCGGUCCUGGGGAAAAGGUAUAAACAAAGAGUUAAAAACAAAGGACGCCGAGUAGCGUAUUUGUAGCGCUGAGUAACCCACCACUCCUGUGUAUACAGAGCCCCCC